AUGGAAAGGGAGUUACGACUGAAAGGGUUAGAGGCGGCAGUGAAUGAGAACCGUGAUACUUUGAACCAAAUCAAUGACGAAAGAGGUGACAGGAGCUUCCAGGGGAGGAAUCCAAUUAACGAGGCUUAUAGCCCCAUUUCAUCUCAUGAAUCUUGCACUAGAGGUAAUUUGUCUUGUGGAGUCCCAAUUGAUUUGGCAACUCAUGGACAGCACCUCCAACGUGACAUUACGGUUCUUGAUAUGAUCCAGAUCCAGAAUUCAUGUUCAGAUAUCAGUGAAGAUCUCCCGCCUCUCCCAUCCGAUGCUAGAGCUAGAGAGCUGGUUGACACGGUCUACUUCUAUACCCAAGCUCGUUAUUGCAUAAUUGACUGGGUUCAGCUGCGAGAGUGGCAUCGGGAUCGCGAAUCAAUUGCUUACGCUACCACAUCGGACCCAGUGGAUCUGCAAAUCGGCUCAUUUUUCAUUUGGAUAAUUUAUGCCAUUGGUGCUUGCUUAGUUCCAAUCUCCGAAAGCUCCACUGAGGCAUACUUUUAUCGCGCCCGAGCUUACAUACCAAUAGUCAUGUCUGCGCAGAACAUGGAUAUGGUACAAGCUCUUCUAUGUCUGGUACAGUACUCUUUUCGGGCCCAGAAUGAUUCUCCUUUAUGGGAUCUAGUAGGUAUCGCUCUACGGCUGUGUGUCAAAUUGAAAUAUCAUCGAAGAAUUGGGCGCCCAUAUAACCCUCGGAGCCUCAGUGCGUACAAGAUGGAGCUUCAGAAGCGAUUCUUCUGGUGUGCAUACUGCUUUGAUCGGCUGGUGUCAAUGUUGGCAAAGCUUCCAUUUGGAAUCAGAGACGUGGACAUUGAUGUCGAGCUGCCGGUUGAUAUCAACGACACUUGUAUUGAUGAGGAGGCAAUUCGAAGUCUACAAGAGAGGCAGAUAAAUGAGAACACAACAACUAUGAAAGGCAUAACAACGGUCGGUCUAUCAAAUCAAAUGCACAAAUUGCCCUCAAGUCAUGCUGAUGAUGAGUAG